CGCUGAGAAGUUCUCAGAGAGAAAAAAAAACUAAGGCGACUCUAGAUCACAACCUGAUUUGAUUCUGAGAAUCAACACAGUUAUUACAGCAACAACCAGAAGAAAAGAACGAUGCGCUUGGGCGAAAAAACCGUCGACGAGGUUCCUCGAUUCGUGAGAACUUUGUACGAUAUCUUGCACGACGAAGACCCCUGCAUCCUCUCUUGGUCAGUAGACGGCUCCCACUUCCAGGUCUUCAAUGUACCCAGACUUGAGCGUGAGAUUCUCCCGAAGUAUUUCAAGCAUUGCAAGUUCGCCAGCUUCCAGCGGCAGCUCAAUAACUUCGGCUUUCGCAAGUGGACGAAAACGCGAGCCAGUGUGUGCACGUUCAGUCACGAGUUUCUCCAUCGAUGCCAUCCGUCUCAGCUAGCUGCGGUGGUAGCCGAAAUGGAGAUGCACAAGGCCGCUAUGUGUGCUGCAGCUUCUCACAUCGGAACGAAACGUUUACGAGAGGAGAGUGAUACCGACGAACGUUUGCUCCGCAUGGAUUUAAAGAGGCUACACUCCGAGGACAGCCAAGAUCAGCGCGAACCGGAACAAGAGAUGGCUACAUUCAGUCCCGAGAACUUCAACAAUAACUCAUGGCCAUUGGUGGACUUGUGUGCACUGGACUGGUCACUCGUGACCGAUUCCGUUCGUGAGGACGAACUUAACGCACUCCUCGAUCCAAUACUAAUCGAGAACCAAAUGACGGCAGGAAUUCGUCCAGAAACUGAAAACAACAACGGCAGUACAAAUAUCGCUACCAACAAUAACAACAGCACCGAGACUGGGCUGGAUGGGCUGCCUCCACUUGAUGUCGAAUACCUCGGCGAUUCGUGGACAGACAUUUUUGACGAAGUAGCUUUGUGAGUUGACAACGUUUUGCAUGUACGUACUGGUUACAAGCGUUUUGUUAAUUAAUGAUACAUGUUUUUGG